AUGCCUGGGGGAUCAGUAAAUGGUCGCCCAUUUCGCGAUUCACCAAACUCUUACAGUCGAUGUGGAGUACCUUGUGGUCAUCCGGACCGAUAUAGCACAAGUAGUGUGGUUCGCGUCGGGGUUACAGUUCGUCCUAAGGGAAGAGUUACUUUAGAUGGACCCCUCGAAAAUAUAGAGACCGAAGGAGAACGUCAGUUAAAGCAACUUGCCAAAAGGCAGACGGAAACACAAUUGAAUCUCCAAGAACAUAUCUCCAGACACCGAUCAUUCACAGAAAAGGUGGUUUACAAACCAAAAACUGCCGAAGUAAAAGGAGUGAAGUCUUUGCAAGAUUACAACAAAAUCAGACAGCAGGAUGAUGAGUUAGAAUUUCUUCGUCAGUGUGGCUUAUCAGAGUCUGAAAUCCAUUACAAGAGAGUAGCAGAUGUAGAAUCCGAAUCCGAAUGUCAGCCUAUAGAAAAACGAGGGAAGUAUGGUGUAAAUCCUCAAGUGAAAAAUGAAGUUCUCCAAGAUAUCCAGGGAAAGAUUGAGGAGAAAAGGCGCCAAUUUUCCAAUGCAGACACAUUCAGUGGUGCUGUUCACAUCAGCCGGCAUGAGAUGGAACUGGAGAAUUCUCUCAAUUCUAAUCGGGAUCAGCACAAAGAGAUCCAAAAAGGAAUUGGCCUUUUCUUCACCAUGAGUCAAAAGGCAUGCAGAGUUGCUGCUAGUGAUUAUGUCAAGGCUAAAGAAGCAGAAAGACACGAAGUUCAGCUGAUCCAACAGGUGUGA